CGGUGAAGUCGGGGCAUUUUGGCGUUAGACUCUGGGGUGGUAAGUUCCUGUCCCUCCACCCCCAGCUAUCUUCAGUUUUUUCAGGAAAGCAAAGCAUUUUAACAGUUUUGGAAGUCGAAGGCGUUUUGUUUUUCCGACUAAUGAGGUCGACUGAAGAUGACACAUUUCCGGGAGGGCAGCGAGUUAAAGAGAAACCGAGAUGAUAGAAGUGUCAGUGGAAUCCUAGGCUGGUCGUUAGUCGUUAGUAAAUUAGUAAAUUAGAAGAAUCACCACCAGAUUAUAUUUUUCAAAUCUUGCGUAUGGUGGCACGUUUAAUGCCUGGGUUGAGGCAAUAGGGCUGCCACCUCCUGUCCUUCGUUUUCUUUCGUUUUCGCCGUUUGGCCUUUUCUCGCCUAGGCUCUCAUAACCCACCCUCACACUUUAUUUCUUUUCCUCGUUUUAAAACAAAGACAAAUGAGAGGGCAGGAACUGCAACUACUACCACUUGAAAGCGAGAGUGGAUUUGGGUAACUUUGGCGGGUUAAGGCAGCUGCCGCGGAAUCCCCCCAUCCCGUGUAUUCCUGGAAGAACAAAACGAUCUACUCGGAGGGGAUGCAUUCUUUCGAAGAUCAAAAUUGCGGUGAGAUGAAUAUCAGUAGGAUUCAGAACGUUUACAUUCGUUUUCUUCUUUUACAACAGCUGUUUUACUUUUGUAUAAAAAGUAGGAAGAAGAAAAUGAAGUUAUUAAAAUUUGGAAAACUUCACCAGCUAUUAGUAACUAUUACAAAGUUAAUUGGAGAGGCAGGCUUCUUUCUUCUCCACAUGCACUAGGUCUUUUACUGUUUCUUUUUUUCUUUGGUCCUUGAGAACAUCCAGCAACUUAAGAACUUUGGGCUUCACCUUUCACUUCCAGGAGUUCAAACUGUUGUUACACCUCUACAGAGAAACGCCAGAGAUUUCAUUUAAUCUUACAGUUUUCUUAGAUGCCAUUUUCCAGGGAAACAAAAAUUUCCUGCUUCUUCCUUCCCAGACAGGCCAAAAUAGAGCAUAAAUGUAUGUUUUGACUAUCAGUCUUGUUUAAAAAAAAAAAAAAAAAAAAGUACCUCUCCUUUCAAGGAAAAAGAAGAGGUAAUCCAUUGGAAGAGUCACAAUGAAGCUUCCCUACAAGAAGUAUUAGAUAAAACCAUUGUUGUAGGAAAAAGAAAUAAUGGAGAGAUCCAGGAUAUGAAACUUUCAUACUUUCAAGCUCUCCUGAAUUCUAGCUCUCCCAUCUGAGGUAUUAAGAUGACUCUAAUACGUAACAUAGUCUAUGGAGAUUAGAAUGGAUCAACAUAUGUAUACUACAAAUGGCUUGCCCCAGCCCUCAUCAGAAUGAUGGAGUGAGACUUUUCAGGGUUCUGUUCUCCCACAGAAACUUUAAAUAACCAGCAAGAGCUGACAGAAACACUCUUAUCAAAAAAAGCUCCAGAGAAUAGUUAAAGGACUGCAGCAAAAGGGCUAGUGCCAAAUCAAGAAAAAGGCUAUUUAAAAGCAGUAGGAGGCACCCUGACUGGCCCUCCUCCACCCCUCACUGCCUUGGCACAGAGCUGGCUCAUGCUUCCAGUGUCGGUCCGUGGUCCCAGUUCCAGAGGAAGCAGAGUAACCCAAGUGCAUGUACUGUGAUCACAAACAGAGAUUUUGAAGAUGUCAGAAAGGCAUUCAGUUCAAGUUAGCUCUGAAACAGGAAAUGAAGUGGAAUCUCCUACUGUCAAUUUCAAGUAUUCCAGCUUCAGAGAUUUUUGUUCCACUUCUUCAUUUCAAGAUAGUGGCUAUAGUGAGUUACUAAAAUCUUGCAACUCUGAUAAUAUGGAAAAAGAAUUUUUUGGAAAGAAAGAAAAAGGCCCAACAUUGAUCCACAAACACCCUGAAGCUUCAAGUCUGGACUUACCACAUCCCUUAGAGUCUCCCACUCAAAAAAAGAGAUUUGUUUUCCCUAGGAAAGAAAAUGCUAAAUCACCAGAACUCUGUGAAACUCCUAAAGUCAGUGGAAAAAAGUUCUUACUGCGCAGAAGAUUGAAUUUAUCUUUCCCUCUUCUAAAGGAGGAUUUUGAAUCACAAAAUAGUUCUUUAGAUAGUAAUGUAAGCCAAGUUCUCAACUUAGAAAAAAAUAUCCCAAGCAGUGCUUUAGGUUCUCCAAGGCAAAAUAAUUUUAGUCCUUUAGUUACUAGUACUUUAAAAACAGAAGAAGCCACUUCCAGCAGUCAAAUAUUGAGACUUAAUUUUUCACAACAGAAGACUUCCACAAUAGAUGAUUCCAAAGGUGAUUGUAGCCUGUUUGAAGUUGAGUGUAUAUCUCCAAUUCAGGAUAACAGUUUUAAAGACUCUAUUACACAUGACUUUAGUGAUAGCAGUUUAAGUGUUAAUGAUGAGAAUAUAUAUCCCGAACUUCUGGGCUCCUCUGUUAGUGGAACAACUUGUAUAACAGAUGAGGAUAUAUUUGUGACUCCAGUAAGUAAUCUUGUAGCAAACAUUAAAUUUAAUGCAUGUAAAACUCUUUCUUCUUCAACUGAAGUGAGAGACAAUAUUUCAACACCUGAAGACAGUGGUUUUAAUUCACUUAGUUUGGAUAAGUCAGAAGACUCUCUCUCUGACCAAGAGGGCUCUUUUCAAGAACUACUACAGAAGCAUAAGGGAACUCUCAAGGUGGGGAACACCAUAAGAAAGUCAAGGCGUCUUGGAAGGUCUAGAAGAUUGUCCACGCUUCUUGAGCAAGGCUCACAAUCUGAGACAGAAGAAGAAAAGCGCAUUGUCCACUCUGACUUUGAAACAGACCCAGCAGCUGCUUCAGACAUCUCAAAGAGUCAGCCGAGCAGUGAUAAUAAGAGUGGAGGUUUGAUUUUAAGCAUUAAGAAUUUAUCAAAGACCCCAGCCUUGCAAUUAGUGCAUGAGCUCUUGAUGAAAAGCAAAAGGAAACGAUUUCAGCAAAACAGUGCACAUGAAUUCCUAGAAGAAAGAGAUGGGGGGAAAAUAGCUGUACUGCAAUGUGUACUUGCAGGCCUAAUUGGCAAGAAAAUGGGUGUAGAAAAACUGGACAUCCUAACAGAAUUAAAAUAUAGAAAUUUAAAGCAUAUUCUUGCUAUGGUUUUAGAUUCCUUGACUGAAGAAAGCCUAUGCAGAGUUUGGAGAGUAAGCAGAAAUUGGCGUGAAAUUGUUGUUCAAGAUAAAAGAGCUAAUCGGAGGAGGAAAUUUUAUAUCACACAGCUGAAAACAAAUUCUGAGGGGGCUAUAUUAAAUGUUAAGGAUGCUGCAACUCGGCUCCAUCUUUUAAAUCGAUCAGCUUUAAGAUCUGUGCAAGCACAGGCUAGGACUCCAGGUUCUCAGAAAGAACAAGUUCCAACUUUGUCUCCUUGGGGAGAAGUUUUGACACCUGUAGCAAGCUCUUCUGUUACUCCUUUAAGCAGUAAACAGGAAGAAUAUGUUAAGGUUGCCAAAACACUUUUUAUUGAUGAAGCACUAAAACCUUGUCCAAGGUGCCAGUCCCCUGCUAAGUACCAGCCAUAUAAGAAAAGAGGACUGUGUAGCCGCGCAGCCUGUGGUUUUGACUUUUGUGUGUUAUGUUUGUGUGCUUAUCAUGGGUCUGAAGAAUGUAGUAGAGGAGCAGCAAAACCAAGAAAUAGAAAAGAUGCUCUUCCAGGAAGUGCCCAGAGUAAGCGGAAUUUAAAACGCCUCUAAAGAGAAAAGAGAUUUUAAAUACGAAAGAAGCACUCCCCUAUGCAAAGUUUUGUCUGACUUAAAAUUAUGAAUAUUUCAAAAGCCUGAAAAUCUCCCCAUUAAUGACAGAUGAUGAUUUAUUUCCUAUUUUGU